UACUUUUGCAUCCACUCUUUCAUGGACCCAAUGUCCCUCUCCCUGUCUCUCUGAACUUUCUUCUUUCUAUAUGGGUUGAAUCAGCCUGUAAUUCCUAAUCUUCUCAUCAAAAAAACUAAAUAUUCUACUUUUAAAUCUUCCCGAGCUUUCUUCUUGUUGUUUGCAAAUAAUGGCGCUGAGAUAUGGAAUUAACAGUGUGAGGGUUGAACGAAGGGUACUUGAAGCGCCCAAAAAUUUGAUGCAGGUAAUCCUCAUAUUAGCAAAAGCUAUGGCGUUGCUCUGUUACACCGAGAGACGCUACAUCUUCUACUUGCCCAGAGCCAUCGUUCACGCUGUGUUGGACAAGGAUAAGAAAACAAUUGGAAGUGAGUGCCGAGAAAGAAGUGAUUGUGAAGAAGUGAAAGGCCGCGAAAUCUUGAAGGAGUUACAAGAGUUUGAAAGAUUGUUGAACCUAGCCAGGAUUUGCAGCCGCGGCAAACGCUUUCCAGCACGUCUAUGUACUGCUGGAUUCCACGAGGAGGAUGUGCUCUAUAGGGAGACAACAUCUAGGAUUAUGAAGCCUGCUUUCACGGUUAUACGUGAUAAAGAAUCAAAAUGUUUGCUGGUGUUCAUCCGUGGAACUCGUAGCAUAAAAGACACUCUCACAGAUGCACUGUGUGCUCCUGUGUCUUUCGAUCACAACAUGGUUUCAGGACAUGCACACCGUGGUAUGGUUGCUGCGGCUGAUUGGAUUAGAAAACGCUGUAUUCCUGUACUACUUGAAGCUCUUCAUCAAUACCCCAACUUCAAAAUCAAGAUCGUUGGACACUCGCUGGGUGGUGGUACUGCUGCACUGUUGACUUAUAAACUUAGAGAAAUGGAAGAGUUGUCUUCAACAAGGCCAACUUGUGUGACGUUUGGCUCAGCUGCCUGUGUGACAUUGAAGUUGGCUGAGUUAGGAAAACCCUUUAUCACUUCCAUUGUAAAUGGUUCUGACAUAGUGCCAACACUGUCAGCUUCUUCUAUUCAUGAUUUCAUUGCUGAGGAUCGGAAGGAUUAUAAAAACAUCUUAGGCGCAAUGAGAGCUCGCUUAUCUUCUGCCAAAGCCAUAGCAAAAGAUGCAGUAAACUAUUGUACCGAGGUUUUGAGCCUCUUUUUAAGUGAAUCUAUUGAUGAUGAUGAUGAUGAAUAUGAUUGGAGUGAAGGAUCUGACCAUGAUGACUCAGAUGACGAUAACAUUGAUGAUAAGGAGGAAGAUAUCAUUGAAGAAGAUAGUGUUAGUCAAAUUACAGAAUCAACUAGGCGACAUCUUUAUCCACCAGGCAGGAUCAUGCAUAUGAUCACUUCACAUAUGUCAGAAAAUUCGAACUCAAACCACAGUGAUGCUGAUGAAAAACAUGUCUGCUUAUAUCAAACGCCUACACAGCUGUAUGGAAAACUCAGAUUUUCAAGAGGAAUGAUACGGGAUCAUCGCACGGAAAGGUAUCUGGAGAAGUUACAACAAUUAAUCAACACACUAGAGAAAGAGUGAUUCAAAUAUCAUGGAGGAUGACCCGAUUAUUCAAGUUUGUUUACUAUGAGUAUAUAUUAGAAUUGUGAUUGCUGAAUAGGUACAAGGUUGAAGAGGUUUUUAGAAGUUUGAUAUUCUUGUAUAUUGUUGGAACGGUCCAAGCUUGAGACAAAAUUUCAUAUUAAAUAAAAAAGACAAAGUUAAUAAAGAUCCUAAUCCCAUUAUCUUAAGAUUAUG